GUUUCUUUCCGUUCUCGAGAUAUUAUGUUUUAAAGUCUUCCAAGACACUUGCAUAAUGGCAGCUUUCAGGACAAUAGUGAUUUCCAGGACUGCCCUGGAAUAAUUCUAUGUAUAAUGGUGUAUUCCAGGACAAAUAACAGUGUACGAUGCUAAAAAUGUUUCUAUGUUAAGAUAAAUUCACAUUAUUACCCCAUUUGUCUUGCUCGCUUUCAGGACGAAAGCGAGCAAAAUAAACUUGGCCAAUGAUAUUAUGGAUGCGUUCGGGGAAACGCGGUUAGCGCUAUUAACAUUUCUCCUUCGUGUUUCUUCUUUCUAAACAAAAGGAAAAACGAAGAAAAAGAAACGCUGGUAGCGCUCUCCCCGAACACACCCUAUGUGUAUAAUGUGAAUUAUCCUUAAAAUACAUGUGAUCUAACCCUUAUUGCAAAACGUUGGUAUUACCGAAUGCGACACAUGCUGUGUGCCGGUUUUGUAUGCAGGUUAUAUAGCCUUGAAUUGCGCGGUACUAAUAUUAGUUUUGAUGAAAAUAUUUCAUUAUUUUUGGUAUUUUUAGCUUUUUACUUUAGCCAAACUAUGUUUUCUUUACUCAAAUUGAAACAUACUAAAACAUUAAUAGUUGUGAAAUCUACUAGUCUAAUUAAAAAGAAAAAAGAUUAUUUGAUAAAAUUAGACAAUGGAAAACGAUGGGUUGGAAUAUUUCUUUGUAAAUCGGAUGAAAGACACACUCUUAUAGAAAUAAAAAAGAACAUAGAUACCAACUCACCAAAAAUUCUAAUAAAGGAUGUUAACAAAGGGUCAAGUGACCAAUGUGAAAAUAAUGAAACUACUGGUAAUGAGCCAAUUAAUAUAACAAAUAAUGACAAAUGUGCUUCCAAUGCAGACACAAUAAAUCAAUUUCGUAUUCAACAUGAGGAAUCAAAUACUAUAGUAAACUCAUAUUUAGAUUUGGAUGUGAAGUCCGAUUUUCACAAUGAUAAAUUACAGAGCAAUGUUAUAACUAAUGAAAAUUUACAAAGUCAUACAUUAGAUAAAACUAAAUCUUCUAAAAACUAUCCUCGAAUUAUAGAAGACAAGAAAUGCAAAAUAAAUAUGACUAUUUUAUCAAAAAGUAGUGACACAACAGCAAAUAGUUCAUGUAAUACAUCUAUUCUGGGGAAUUUGGAACUUUCUGAUGUAAAUCUUUCUGAUGUAAAUGUUUCUGAUAUGAAUGGAAUAGACAUAAAUAAUUUUGAAAAUUGUGGUACAAAUUUAAAUAAUAAUAAUGGAGAAGAAAUGAUUCACGAAGUACUAGCUGAAAAUAAAUCCACGUUUACAUCUAUCACUGAAAAUACUGAACUGGACAGCACUAUAGUACCAUUUUGUGAUUUAAACGGAGUUAAGAAUUCUUCUAUAAACAACGAUAUAAAUAACAAUGACAAUAAAUUAUAUUGCAGUAACUCACAAAUUGAAAAUGUCUCGCAAAAUACAGUUGAAGACGAAGCAUCAGAGAAUAAUUUGCCAAAGAAAAUUUUGCUAAAACAAAAAAAUGUAAAAAAACGCGCCAUAGAAAAUAUAAAUAAUUCAGAUGAAGAAUGUGCGCCAAAAAAGAAACGAUUCACACCUCCUUACGGAAAGACCAGAAGAAUACGUUGGACUUCUGAAGAAAAGCAAACAGCUUUAUUACUCUUCGAAACGAAUAUUAAUAAUUCUACUUUACCUUCGUUAAAGGAAAUAAUAUCCAAAACGCGCAAAAACAUUUUGAAAAAUCGACAGCCAGCAGCAAUAAAAACUUGGAUACACAAUCAAUUUCGCAAUAAAAUAUAAAUGUCAUUAAAUAAAAGAAAA